AAAUAGAAGUUUUCAAGAAAAAGACACAAGUAACUUGAGGAAAAACUUUGUAACGAUUUGCGUUCGUUAAAAUGAAACGGUUUAACCGAAUUACAGAAAGAUAAAUGAAACACAACAGUUUAAAAGAUUUGAUAGCUAUCUGACAUAUUAUUACUUGAAAAUACCUUAUGUCUACUGUCAAAUAACUAAAAAAAUAAUAAGUAUGUUGAUGUUUCACUAUAUUUUCUCUGGUGUUAUUUUUGUUUAUGUUAGAGUAUGUCCUUAGAUUUGCUGUGGUAGUGGAAAGUAUAAGCUAUGACUUUAAAUCAUAUAUUAUUGAAUCUGAAUAUUGUCUGCUUUUAAAAUUGGUUUGCUGCAUAGUGGCUUCCCAUAAUGCCUUCAGCUCACCUGACUUUGAAUGAAGAAGACGUCAUCAAAUUAUUGCUGGAGUUUUUAUCGAAUCGUGAACUUAGCAUAUCCCAACUUUCAGUGGAAAGAGAAACUGGUGUCAUCAACGGGACAUUUUCAGACGAUAUUAUCUUCUUGAGACAGCUUAUUCUAGAUGGCCAGUGGGACGAGGUACUUGAAUUUGUGCAGCCACUGGAAGGACUGGACAAUUUUGACUCGAAACAAUUUCACUACAUAGUUAUAAAGCAUAAGUACAUUGAAUUACUAUGCAUACGCUCUGAAACGGGUAUUUUUCAAAACGUGGAUGUGGCGGUAGAGGAAGUGGUCAAAAGUUUAGCUGAUCUUGAGAAAUACUGUCCUUCAAAAGAGGACUAUAAUAACCUGUGUCUUUUAGUGACAUUGCCACGACUAUCUGACCACUUUGAUUAUCGGAACUGGAACCCAAGUAACGCACGAGUGAAUUGCUUUAAAGCCGUGUACCCUUUAGUUGAAAAGUUUUUACCUCUGGAUAAAAAAGGGGCCGAGUCUCAAACAGCUAAAGGUGAUAGAUUAAUUCAGCUGAUCAUUAAAGGUGUCUUAUAUGAAUCAUGUGUUGAAUAUUGCCAACAGAGAGCUACAAGCUCAUCUUCUGAAUUGCAAGAGAUGGGCUUCUCACAUAUUCUAAAUGGUACCGGCUUUAGUGACUCUGAUCUCAGUUUGUUAUCGUGGCUGCAGUGCAUUCCCCCAGAAACAUUUUCAUACCCGUUUGAGCAGAAGACGCUCAGUGUGGAUGUUGAACAAUUAGACAAACCCUCUUUAGAAGCUUCUUGGUCUGAACAAAUCCUAGUCACACCGAUAAAACCAAAAAUAUUUCCUCAUUCUGCCAUGCCUUUCACUCGAUUGAGGAACUCUGACUUCAUGUCUAAGUCUCUGACUCCCAAUCUAGAUGGGCUUGGGAACGGCCGUAAUGCGAUGGCUUAUUCCGUAGGAGACCUCACCAAUAUGUCUAGAUCUUAUGCUGGAUUUCAUUUGACUGGUAAGAAAGGUAUGAAUACAUCUGUCGAUCGACUUUUUGAAAGCAGUGAUGUGUUUAGCACGAGUUGUGCUGAUCUUCAAUUUGAUCUUGACAAAAAUCACGUACCAUCUAAAGGAAAGUUUACUGUUCCACCUAAAAUUGUGGAGCAAGUGAGCCCAAAGGCAGAAGAUAGUUCGCAACCACACAUACCCGACAAAGAGAACGUUACCAAAGAUUUCGGGCUUGAGGAAGACUCCCUAAAGCCCUCUAUUAACGACGCAGCCAAACUUCCAAAAGUGCCCGAAAAAUCUUUAGAACCUGCGGAUAAAAACAAUGUAUCGGAACUAUGGAGGGACUUUCAUAGACGGCAACUCUUAGUCAGGAAUGCUCAAAAUGAGGCAACAAAUUUAGAGGCGUCUGUGCUGCAAGAGACGCAGAAUAUUCAAACACCGGCUCAAAGUGCACAGUACCCUGUGGAUGCUUCAAACAAUACUUACGUUUCUCUUCCAGCUGGAGUUUCACAGCUUACUCUCUCUAAAAUGCAAAAUGUAAAUAGCUUUCCUACUAGUACGCCUAAACCUUUUGGCAAUAGGAUUUUGACGCCUGAAAUCCAUAGUUCUCCCAUUUUGAAUCGAAAUGAAAGCAAUUCAAUUGAGGAUACUUCUCUUCGUUCAUUGCCACCUGUACCAAGGAACAUCAACGCAGCUACUAACAACUGCGAUCCUUCUAAAAAUGCUAAUCUUGGGUUACAACAGUGUGACAUACCUUCAAAUGCUUGCCAUUCUCAAAAAAGUAGCCCUGCUGGUUCCAUUGGAAGAGGAUCAUGUUAUUCACCUACACAAAGAGCUAUUUCUCCAGCUGAUACAGAUAGUACACUGUACAGGCAGUCACCUGUACCGUCAAAUUCAAACCCUGCGAUUAAACAAAUCACUUCUGUUUCUACUCGAAUCAGUGAUGGUAGUGACAGCAAAAAACCCCAUUUCGUAAUAGUGACCCGAUUAGAGGAUGCGCAAGCAAUACGCACUGCGGAAUUUCAUCCUUCUGGACAGCUGUAUGCCAUUGGUUCUAACUCAAAGACCUUGCGAAUUUGUGCUUAUCCCAAAAUCACAGACGUGAGUGAGGACCAUGUUGUGCAUCAGCCUACAGUACUCUACAAAAAAGUGAAACACCAUAAAGGAUCUAUUUAUUGCCUUGCUUGGAGUCCUAAUGGAGAAUUACUAGCAACUGGCUCUAAUGAUAAGACUGUAAAAUUAAUGAAAUUCAAUAUUGAAACAUGUAAUGUAGAUAGUAAUGAAGCUGAAUUAACUAUGCAUGACGGAACUGUGAGAGACAUGUGCUUUAUUGAAGAUACCACCAGCAAGUCAAGCCUUUUAAUAAGUGGUGGUGCUGGUGAUUGUAAAAUCUAUGUCACAGAUUGUGAAACAGCAACACCUUUCCAGGCACUCUCUGGACAUUCUGGCCAUAUUCUUGCUCUCUACACUUGGGGUGGAGCAAUGUUUGUGAGUGGCUCACAAGAUAGAACUAUUAGAUUCUGGGAUGUGAGGACAAAAGGAUGUGUUCAUUUAGUUACUCCGCCACCUUUGUCCGGCUCUGGCCCAGGUAGCCCAGUAGCAACCAUUUGCGUUGAUCCGUCAGGAAGGUUGCUUGUAUCAGGUCAGGAAGAUGCUACCUGCAUGCUUUAUGAUAUUAGGGGAGGUAGAUGCAUACAGUACUUUAAACCACAUACGUCUGAUAUUAGGACUGCACGAUUUUCUCCAAGGGCAUACUACUUACUGACUGGUUCAUAUGAUCAUAAAGUUGGAUUAAUUGACUUACAAGGUGAUCUUACUCAACCUUUACCAAUGGUUGUGGUUGCUGAACACAGUGACAAAGUUAUACAGGGACGCUGGCAUCCCACAGAAUUUUCAUUCUUAACUACUAGUGCAGAUAAAACAGCUACACUUUGGGCACUCCCUCCUCAGUAGGGCUUUGUUACACAUUGUAUAGUAUUGUCUUGUAAUAUUUUAUUUAAACCUGUUUUUAUUUUUUACUGUGUGUAUUUUAGUUAUAGCUGUAAAUUCAAAUUAAUACAUCUCUUUCAACUGACUUUAUUUCAUUUGUUUUUAUGUUGAUUUCGUCUGAAGUGUUUUGGGAUGUUUUAUAUUGGCAAUAUCAUUUAUUUUUCCGUUUGCUUAUUUUUGUAAAAUAAUCUGACAGCUAGCUAUUACUGUAACUUACACAGUGAUUAUUAUUCAGAGUGCUUCAAAUAUGACCGAGUUUUAGAAAAAUCAAUUAAAGAAUAGUGGACGGAGAUAGAAGUGUUCGACUUGCUGUGUUCUUUUUACGAAACUAGAUUAUAUGUUCUGACCAAAUUUCAAAACUAACUACAAACUUUGCCAACAGAUGGUUCUGCGAACCGAGAAAAGUGCAAAAUAAUAUUUUCAAAAUAACCCCAAAUUGUAGCAACAUUAUUGCAUAGUCAGAGGACAGAUCCAAGCAUAAAUAUUUAAAUUGGAAUAGUCUGGCAUGCAUUGUUUAGUAUGCUUCAUGAAAGCAUUAUUUUAUUAUUAUCAUAAUUAUCAAUGGUGCCAUCGCUUGGCACCAUUGAUUAUUAUUAUUAUAUAUAGCACUAAUAUUGAUUAGUUAUAUAAAGCACUAAUUUUGAAACUUGGUAAGAGUAACAAUUCUAAUUUAGUAAACAUAUUGCAGCAAGCUUUUAUUUUUGUCUCAUAUUUUUCUUUAAUUGUUAUUGCAAAUCAUUUGCCAUAUUUGGAAUGUUCUGGUACGUUCUAUUUGCAUUGCAAAAGUGUGAUAUUGUCUUUAUACUUAUUGAAAUAUAAUGCACCUUAAACAAAGGAUUAAAGAGCUUAGUGGAAGACAAGUUGAAAACACUCUCUUCCUCUUAUUUAAGAACAUCUUUAAGUUGACUUUAACUACAGAACAUUUAUUUAUACCAUAUAAUCUUUGAGUUAGCCAGUUUUCAGAGAGAACAUAUUAUGCAACAUAUUAAAAAUACUCAAUUUUUCACUUCUAAAAGCAUGUCAUUUUUUGGUACUGUAAUUAUAGAGCAUUUACUUUUUCUGCAAAAUCUUAAGAGUUUUUUAGUAGAAUGUGUUAAGAUAUUAAGAUUAAAAAUAUUAAAUUUUUCACAUCUAAAAAAAUUAUAAUGUUGUGUUCAACUAUAAUUAUGUAUUCUGAAAGUGUUUGGUAGUUUUUAUUGGAAAAACAUGUUUUGUGGCCAAUUUUUUGAUUUCUUUUCUAAAAUUUAUUUUCUUAAAUCCACUAAGCUUUUUAAUUAUAAAUCACAAGUUGCUUAAAAAGGCUAGCAUUUCUAAGUGCAUUUGAAUGCAAACAAAAUAUAAUUUUGUGAUAGCUGUAUAGAGUACCUUAUCUGAAGAAUUAUUGACAGUAAUUUUUUAAUAAAAACUUAAGGGCUUAUUUAACUUCUGCAGUAGUAAUCUGUAUGGGUAGAUUCUAACAUCUUUAGAUCAUGCUUGCAUUUAUAAAUAUUAAUAUAGCUUACUCAGAAUGAGAAAUUUAUUAUUGGAAAGUAUUUUGAAGUAAUCAUAGUGAGCAUAUUUAUUAUUUUGAUUUCAUAUUCUUGCAUAUAAAACAUAAUUGGUGCUUGACUAUUUUUUAUUUAUAAGUAACUUCAAUCUAUUAAUGUCUUUUCAGCUGUGUUUUAAAAUUUUGUCACAUUAACUGGUGUUAACUGUGUGGAUUUCUUAAAUUUAUCUGUUGGAGACCUCCCAAUUGCUUCAACUUAUUAAGUUUAUUGAGUUUGCGUUAAUUGUUAUAUUUUAUGAGUGCAGAAGUUCAAACCGUUGGAAGCCAUCUCCAACAGAUCCAUUUUACAAACGCCUUAUUUGUCAAAGAUAUCUUCCCAAACGGAAUUAAAAAUUGAGUUCUGCCAUUGAUGUAGAAAAUCUAAUUUAAGCUCACUCCAUCGCUGAUUAAGUUGUAAAAUGUGUACUAAAUAAUAAGUUAAACAAAUUAUUGUUAUUAUCAGUCAAUUGAGAUUUUCUUUUGAAUAAUGUCUUUCACUAAACACUGGAUUCCAUGCUGAUUGUUUUAUUAAUUUUAGAAAUAUUAACAUCAAUGUAAUAUUUUUUAUCACAAAAAGAAAUUAGUUUUAGUUAUUAUUAAAAAUUUUCUCAAAAUGCCAGAAGAAUAUCAAUCUUUAUGUUUUACACUCUUUUAGCAAAGUUCUUUAAUAUUUUGUUUUUUAAGUUAUCAUGUAUGUUUGUUAUUUUUGUUUUUGCCUUUAGUUUGUUUGUGCUGUAUCAAAACUACACUAAAUUAUUUUUAAAAAAAUUUGUUUUGAUGUCAAUAACAUUUUUACCAUAUUUUUUUUACAUAAAACAGCAUUUUUAUUUUCAGAGAAAUGAUUUCCUACUUUAUAGUUUAUAUCUCCAGUAAUCUUAGCAGUUCAUUUUUAUGACCUAUUUAAAAAAUUUGUGCAGAUAGGUAACAUAAUUGUGUGUGUGAUUAAUAAUUUGAUAUGAAUUGUAGAACGCAUGCUAUCAUUUUUGUAUUUUCUCUUGAUAUUACUAUUUUUUAAUUAUCACUAAAAUUUACAACCUAAUAACUGUAGAAACCUAACCUGAUAAAGCUUCAGACACUUUUAAAAAUAUGGUUGCCUAUUAUUCUUCCAUAAAUCAUAGAAAAACUGUUCAAUUUAUUUUUUGAAUAAAUUUUCUUUUAAAUUUUCUUUAUUGAAUUAAAUUUUCUUGCUUGUGAAUUAAAUUUUCUUUCAGAAUUAACUUUGCUAAUAUUGGUUUGCUGUGAUUCUUCUUUCUUUCUUAAUAUUUAUUCUCAUAUUAACUUAUUAAUUUGCUAUAUCAAGAUUCAUACGAUAAACUAAA